CAAGGGGCGCUUAUUCAAUAACUUUACCUCUAGGGUGGGCGCCUAUUCGAGGGGGGCUCUCAUUUGAGGGGGGCGCUUGUUCGAGGCAUUACGGUAAAAUUUAAUAUAAGAGGGGUGCUAAUAAGCGACGGGGGAGGGCAAAGUCUUCUGAAAUUAAUACACGGCGGGUCCCGUCUAUUAGAGACAUUGGGAGAAGAAACCUCGAUACCGAUCAUGUUUCUGAUUGUUGUGAGAGAGGCUGGAAGAAGUUUGGCGCCAAUUCGCAAGCUUUGCUUUGAGAUUCCUUGGUGCAGCAAAAAGAGCAAAUAUGCCGUCAAAGACAAUAUCAGAAUUGUUCAGCACCAAGAGAAAAUCACUAUGUGAAGAUGGUGAAGAAAAUGAUGAGAAUAGAAAAAAAAUAAAAAGAUCUUUAAGUGACAAUAAAAAUGAGACAGAGGUCAAUGUUCAAAAAAAGUUUCCUGAAAGAUGCAAAGAAUGUCUUCAGUUUUUGAACAACUCAGAAAUACAAAUGUUUAUUGGAGAUGUAGAAAAUGCAGUUGAGGAAUUAUGUGCGUUAUGUGAUCCCAAGUUGUCUCUGUUCUCUGGUGAAGAUGUUGGUUAUGAAGAGAAGCCACAACAUAAAAUCACAAAUUUCAGUGUUUACGACAAAAAUACACAUUUGUGUCCAUUUGAUACUGGAUUGAUUGAAAAAAACAAAGAAUUAAUGAUGAGCGGUUUCCUUAAGCCAAUUUAUGAUGAAGAUCCUUCGCCAGAAGGCGGCAUUGCUGUAAAAAACAUUGGCCCAAUUAAUGAAUGGUGGAUUACAGGCUUUGACGGUGGGGAAAGGGCGUUGAUUGGUUUCACAACCGCAUUUGCUGAGUACAUUCUAGUCAAGCCUUCUGAUGAAUAUGCACCAUUUGUGAAUGCUGUUCUGGAGAAAAUCUACAUGAGUAAGGCUGUGAUUGAAUUUCUCAACAUAGAUCCUGAAGUUAGAUAUGAAGAUCUGUUGAAUAAGAUACAGACAACAGUUCCUCCAGAAAACUGUCCUAGAUUCACCGAAGAUACUCUUCUCCGCCAUUCACAGUUUCUUGUCGAACAGAUUGAGAGCUAUGACUCAGCUGCCGAACCAGACGAAAGACUUCUCAUUACAUCACCGUGUGUUAGAGAUUUGAUUAAACUGGCUGGUGUUACCCUUGGCAAAAGGCGUCAAUUACGUGGCAUGAGAAUUAAAGCUGAAGCCCCCAAAAAGAAAGCUCCAACUAAGGCUACCACCACUCCAUUGGUGCGGUAUAUCUUCGACAUGUUUUUCAAAGACCAAAUAGAGAGUAAAGGCAAUGAAGGGCCACGAAAGAAACGUUGUGGGGUUUGUGACGUAUGCCAGCAACCAGAUUGCGGUGAAUGUAAGUGCUGCAAAGAUAUGAAGAAGUUCGGCGGCAGUGGAAAAUCAAAACAGUGUUGUAUCAACCGAAGGUGCCCGUAUAUGGAAGUCAAAAACGCAGAUGAAGAAGAUGAAGAAUUGGACAAUCCGACUGUCCCCGUGCUUGGUUCACCCAAGCAUAAGAAUGUAAAGUCAAAAACUAUUCAGACCAAAGUGAAAUGGAUCGGCAACCCAGUUGAAACAAUAAACGACAAUACUUACUACUCGGCUGUUUCUAUAAACGGAGAAACGGUUAACGUCGGUGAUUUUGUCAAGGUCUGCUCUGACGAUGAGAGUGCUCCAUUGUUCAUCUGUCGCGUUGCAUACAUGUGGCAGGAUCAGCGUGGACAACGGGUGUUCCAUUCGCAGUGGCUCUAUCGAGCUACUGAGACAGUCCUUGGAGAAACAGGAGAUGUCGCUGAAGUUUUCUUCUCUGAUGAGUGUGAUGACAACCCACUUGGCUCCAUUUUGUCCAGAUGUGACGUAGAGAUAAGAAAAUUGAGCUCAGAAUGGUUCCUUCAAGGAGCCGCCGAAGAACUGAUUCCUGAAGCAGAGACAGAAGAUGACGAAAGCCAUUCGUUUUUCAUCCAGAAAUGGUAUGAUUGCGAUAAAGGUAAAUUCACAGACAUACCUGAUGUUUUCACAAGCAAGCAGCCUACGUAUCAAUCAUGCCCUUGCUGCACAAGGAAGAAUACGGCGUUAAAGGAAAAAACUCCAGAACUCACCAAUGUCAUUGAACAGGCGGACGACAAAACCGUCUACAAAUCGGUUCUGUUCAAAAACGAGGAGUACUUGCCAGGAAACUUUGUUUUUUGCAUGCCCGAAGCGUUUACCUUCAAAGUACAACAAAAGCCAAAGGAAAGAGGCAAGAGAAAAGAAAAUUAUGAUGAAGAGAUGUAUCCUGAAUAUUACCGUAAAGGCAGCGACCAUAUCAAGGGAAGCAAUUUAGAUGUUCCGUCGCCUUUUAGGAUAGGUCAGGUCCUGUCAGUUUAUAAGCGAAAAGGCGUCUUUGGUGAUAGCUUGGAAGAAAUUUUUCUGCGUCUUCGUAAAUUUUACAGGCCUGAAGAUACCCACAAGGGUCUCACUGGAACGGGCCACAGUGACCUGAACUUGCUUUACUGGACCAGCGAAGAGGUUGAGGUGAAUUUUGCACUAGUGCGCGGGAAAUGCUCGGUUAUCUGCGGGGAAGAUCUGCCAGUAGAUCAAAUAAAGAAUGAUGUCCCAUGCCAGUUCUACUACCUUGAGGCGUAUAAUGGUGAUACUCGCCAGUUCGAAGAUCUGCCAAGUAUUGCUAGAGCAGCACUCAACAACGGAAAGAGUAAAGGUAAAGGAAAAGGUAAGGGGAAAUCAAAGGCCAAACUCUCUCAUCCGGUCGAUCAGCCUUUAAAUAAACCCGAAGAAGACGUCAUGGAAGCCAGUAGAAACAAGUUUCAAAAGCUGAGGUCUUUGGACGUUUUUGCAGGAUGUGGUGGCCUGACACAGGGUUUCCAUCAAAGUGGCAUUGCCGAAACUCACUGGGCAAUCGAAAAGGAAGAAUCGGCAGCCCAGGCAUUCAAGUUGAAUUAUCCAAAUGCCUCAGUUUUCACCGACGAUUGCAACCUUCUUCUUAAGAUGGUUAUGGAGGGGAAGGAACAUGACAGUAAGGGACAGAAGCUCCCACGUAAGGGUGACGUGCAGCUGCUUUGCGGGGGUCCGCCAUGCCAAGGCUUCAGUGGCAUGAACCGAUUCAAUUCAAGAGAUUACUCCCAAUUCAAGAAUUCUCUUGUGGCCUCGUAUCUAAGCUACUGUGAUUUCUAUAGGCCACGAUUUUUCGUUCUGGAAAAUGUGAGAAAUUUCGUGUCUUUCAAAAAGAACCUGGUUCUAAAGCUGACUUUGAGAUGUUUACUGAAGAUGGGGUACCAGUGUUCAUUCGGUAUAUUGCAAGCAGGGAGUUAUGGUGUGCCACAAACAAGGCGAAGAGCCAUUAUUAUCGCAGCAGCACCUGGGGAGGUGUUACCUUGCCACCCCGAAGUAAAGCAUGUCUUCUCAUCCCAUGCUUGCCAGUUGUCUGUCUGUAUUGACAAUAAACGGUAUCAAGCCGUGCCGUUCACCGAGUCUGCGCCAUACCGAACAAUAACUGUGCGUGAUGCGUUGAGCGAUUUGCCUGAAAUUAGAAAUGGGGCCAACAGACCAGAAAUGGCGUAUACAGAGCCUCAGAGCCACUUCCAGCGCAAGAUGCGUGCACAUGAAGACCAAAUGCUUCGCGAUCAUAUCUGCAAAGAGAUGUCUGCACUAACUGCUGCGAGAAUGCGCCACAUUCCAACGGAGCCUGGGUCCGACUGGAGGGAUUUACCUAAUGUUGUUGAGCGUCUACCUGAUGGCGCGCAUUCAACUGUUCUGCGCUAUACUCACCAUGACAAGAAAAAUGGCCGCACCAGCCAAGGAAAGCUCCGUGGAGUUUGCUCCUGUGCCGAAGGGAAGGAAUGUGACCCUGGGGACCGUCAGUUCAACACGCUGAUUCCGUGGUGUUUGCCCCAUACCGGAAAUCGUCACAACAACUGGGCCGGUCUGUACGGAAGACUUGAGUGGGGCGGCUUCUUUAGCACAACCAUCACAAAUCCAGAGCCAAUGGGAAAACAGGGACGCGUUCUCCACCCUGAACAACAUCGAGUCGUUAGUGUCCGCGAGUGCGCUCGUUCACAAGGAUUUCCUGACUCAUUCCGUUUCUUUGGAUCGAUACUUGACAAACACAGACAGGUUGGUAAUGCUGUUCCACCCCCAAUGGCUUUCUGGAUUGCCGAGGAAAUUAAAAAGUGCAUAGCGGCAAAGGAUAAGAUGACUGAAGAACAACCGGCUGAACAAUAAUCGGCUGGGCAACAACCGGCUGAACAAAAACCGGAUGAACAAAAACCGGAUAAAUAACAACCGGAUGAACAACAACCAGCUGAACAAAAACCGGAUGUACAAAAACCGAAUGAACAAGAAUGGGGUGAACAAAAACCGGAUGAACAAAAGACUGCAAAUUAAUGCAUCUAGGCAGCAAACACAGUCAAUGGCUCGAUCUUUUGUUAGCUCCAACGCUUUAGAACCUUGUAUAUUACCCGUUUCCGCUUUGAAUUUAGUGAUUUUUCUAAAUUUCAAUGCAAUAAUUUUAGUCGAACUUUUUAUUCAAGUUUCAUAAACUGUUCGUAGUUUUGCUUUUUAAACCGUUUUUACAAAAAAUGUAAUUUUCAUUCAGUUUAAGAGGAUUUUUCAUCUUCUCACAGAUAUUUUACAACAAGAGAACAUCUUAUAAACCUCUUGAAACGACUUCUUGUAUCUAAUGCCCCUGAAUGAGAUAACUAUUGUAUUUUAUUUCAUUUAUAAAGAUUCUGUUAGAGUCGGUAUGAAGGAUCUUUGUGAUUAGAAAAAUGUCAAUAAAAAAAUCUCCAAUUAUAAUCAAAAGUUGUGAAAAAUGAUUGUUUCGAUAAAUUGUAAUCAUGUCUUUUAUGAACGCAAA